AAGUUGCUCCUGGGACUGAAAGACCAACAAAAAACUUUGAAUUCAAAAAAGAGCUCAAAACUGGCGAAAAUGCAAAGAUGAGUAAAAUUCGUGGUGCUUUAGCAGGCACUAUACAAUAUAACUCAACCGAAGAAAAUACAGAUAAAGAGUCUCAGAAAGAGGCACCUAA